AUGGCGGCGUUGGGCAACUUGGCAGCCGCGUAUGGCAGCGCCUCCUCAGAUGAAGAGGAUGAGGCGCCUCAGAAUGUCAAGGGGCAUGUGAAGACGAGCGCAAAGACGGCCCCGGCUACAAGCAUCGCAGUCAAUACGGCACCGUCUGUUCCGGCUAGGCCGACCGAGUCUGGCCUGUACCACAUCAGUCCGGCACAGCGUGAAAUCUCAUACAAUCCCAAGGCGGAAGAACUGUUUGCACCAGUGGUGGGGCCGCGCCCCCGUUUUGAAAAUCCUACCAAGCACAUCCACUUCAACACCUACACGGGUCAUGUGGAGCAGGGCGAUAUUGAUUCGUUCCAUUUUGACGACCAACAGCGGACGUUUGCCGUGCGUGGCUACGCAGCCGAUCCCAGCGUUUCACACACCGUCGGCAACAAUCGUUCGCAGGGUCAUUGUGAGUCGCUCGUGCACACCAAACGCACAAAGGGCAGCAAGAAGAAGCACAAAGGCCAGCGCGAAUCGCGAGGUGAUCCAGCAGAUUUGGAUGCAUAUCUUGGUCCGUGGGCUGCACCCAAAACCGAGCAGCGCAUUGCCAAGCCCAGCGAAGAAGAGCAAAAGAUCCUGGAUGAGUACGCUGAGUAUCGCAAAAACAACAGCAAGAACAAGAAGAAGUCCCGCGAUGAUGAGGAUGAAGAUGCCAAGCAUGCCAAGGACGAGGGCGACGAGUCCUCGAUUCUCCAUCUCAAAGAGGAGUACGAUUACCAAGGUCGAUCAUGGAUGGAGCCGGGCCCGGUCGAAGAUGUGUCGUUUGGUGAGGCACCUGAAAAGUGCUAUCUGCCCAAGACGCAAGUCCACACCUACGAGGGCCACACCAAGGGCGUCAAUGCCGUGCGGUUCUUUCCUCGUACCGGUCAUCUCCUCCUCUCCGCCGGCCUCGACGGCAAGGUCAAGCUCUGGAAGGUGUACGAUGAUCGUCAAGUGGUUCGCACCUACCUGGGGCACACCCAGGGCGUGCGAGACAUUUGCUUCAAUCGUGACGGCACUCGCUUCGUCAGCUGCGGCUACGACCGUUAUGCACGACUGUGGGACACAGAAACGGGCCAGUGCCUGGGUCGCUUCACCAACCACAAGACUCCUUACUGCGUCAAGUUUCAUCCUGAUGAGGACAAGCAGAACUUGUUCGUCGUCGGCACGCAGGAUCGCAAAAUCCUGACUUGGGACACCAACACGCAGGAGAUUGUCCAGGAGUACGAUCGUCAUCUGGGGGCUGUGAACACCGUUACUUUUGUUGAGAACGGCAAGCGUAUGGUCACAACUUCCGAUGACAAGUCCCUGCGCGUCUGGGAGUGGGAUAUUCCUGUUGAUAUCAAAUACAUUGCCGAUCCCAACAUGCACUCCAUGCCUUCGGUGGCACUUCGCCCAGACGGCAAGUGGCUGGCUUGUCAGUCCAUGGACAAUCAAGUGGUCAUUUUUAGUGCGCAAGAUCGCUUCCGGCCCAACCAUCGCAAGGCCUUCAAAGGUCAUCUGACUGCAGGCUAUGCCUGUCAGGUCAACUUCUCGCCCGAUGGUGCUUACGUGAUGAGCGGUGACGCGCAUGGUUACUGCUGCAUCUGGGACUGGAAAUCCAAGCGCAUGUACAACAAGUUCAAGGCGCACGACAAGGUUUGCAUUGGUGUGGAAUGGAAUCCGUACCACAAGUCGACUGUGGCCACCUGUGGCUGGGAUGGAAAGAUCAAGCUUUGGAUGUAGAGGAGCGGUCAUUACAAGCAGACCCAGAGGACAAAGGACCCCCAUUGGCAAUGACGGGCUUGUAACUCGAGCCUUUGCCAAACUGGGGCAAUUGAUGAAGCAAAUCGUG